GGAUGUGGGCUAGCUUGGUGAGCUGUGGUUGUAAAUAAUGAGCCCGGCUGCUGUGCUCGCUGCUACAUAUUCAUGAAUUAAGAACAUUCACUCAUUCUCACGGUGGUUUGACUUCAAGUUCUGAGACUUAAUGUUGGAUCGUGAGCCUGUAACACCCGUUAUGAUGAUGACUUCUGCACAGAUGCCCUGAGAGGGCCUCCUGGAGGAACAGCUGUGUCGGUCAGCUGGGCCAAGAGUACAAACCUGGCCUGACCCGAGGCCAGUUUGAGUUGGCGAGGACUGCCCGGGCCGACUACUUUAUUUCUUCUCCGUCCAUCAGUAAUUUCCCCUAACCAGACUGACAGUAAUGAGGAGAUGGCAAUCUGUAAUGGAGACUUAAUAAUUGUCAAGGGGCCCUGCUGGGAGUUUGGCAUGUGCAGGUGGAAGAAGGGUAAAAAGCCUAAAAUGGCCACCAUACCCUGCUUUACCAUCACCAUCAUCAUCAUCAUCGUCACCAGCAGCAGCAGCAGCAACAGCACCACCACCACCUCAGAAGCCCAUCCCCUAGCGUCCGUCCCGGGGAGGUGUGGGAGCUGUCAGUGCUCUUCAAAGCCAUCACUACUCGAGCGGACCUCACUGGAGCCCCGGGAACAGCCAGUACCAGCACCAGCAGCAGCACCACACGGCCCGCAGCCUGGACCGGGCUCUGGAGGAUGCCGUGUGCUCGGGGUUCCUGAACCUGAGCGGGAGGAAGCUGAGGGAGUACCCGGGGAUGAGCUACGAUCUGACCGAUACUACACAAGCAGAUUUGUCCAAGAAUCGCCUCACAGAAAUCCCUCCAGAAGUGUGUCUGUUCGCCCCCCUCGAGUCGCUCAACCUCUACCACAACUGCAUCAAGUGCAUCCCAGAAGCCAUCAUCAAUCUGCAAAUGCUGACCUAUCUUGACAUCAGCCGAAAUCUUCUGUCAGUUCUGCCAAAAUACCUGUUCAGCCUCCCCCUCAAAGUUCUGCUCGUGAGCAACAACAAGCUCGUGUCCAUCCCGGAGGAGAUCGGCCGGUCCAAAGAGCUGAUGGAGCUGGACGUGAGCUGCAAUGAGAUCCAGGCGCUGCCAGCUCAGGUGGGGAGGCUCCAAGGCUUACGGGAACUCAACAUCAGGAAGAAUUGUCUUCACACGCUGCCUGAGGAGUUGGCUGACCUGCCGCUCAUCCGACUUGACUUCUCCUGCAAUAAGAUCACAGAGAUUCCUGCAGUUUACAGGAAACUCAGGCAGCUGCAGCACAUCAUCCUGGACAACAAUCCUAUGCAGUCUCCACCCGCACAGAUUUGUCUCAAGGGCAAAGUGCACAUAUUCAAGUACCUGAACAUCCAGGCGUGUAGGACGGACAAGAAGCCGGACACCCUGGACCUCCCCUCCCUCGGCAAACGCUGCCUCCCACAGCCACUUACAGAUAGCAUGGAAGAUUUUUAUCCCAGCAAGAACCACGGUCCUGACUCUGGAAUUGGUAGUGACAAUGGUGACAAGAGGCUAUCUACAACUGAGCCUUCAGAUGACGACACCGUCAGCCUGCACUCUCAGGUCUCAGAGACAGCCCGUGCUGACGCCCUCUCACUCCUCUCCAAAAUGGAUUCUUGCAAAGAUCAGGAUCUCUAUGACUUUAUAGAGCCAAAUCCGGACGAGGAUCCUGCUCUGUCAGAGUGUGAUGGGCAGCAGAGCAGCCAUGUGUCUUGUAUAAAGGAACUGGAAAAAGUUCUUAACAUGUCCCACCAAAGCAAAGAUAAAGACAGCUGGAAAGAGGAGUCAGGUUCUGAUAAGGAGCAGCUAGUGGAGGAGGAGGAUGAUGAGCUGAAGGAGGUGCUGGAUCUGAGGAAGAUUGCCGUGCAGCUCUUGCAGCAGGAGCAGCAGAACAGACGACGGUCCUUAAUUUGCAGAGCAGAGAGUCUUAUCCACCGACGGAGGGUGACCGGCCGGGCACACAGGUUCCUGAGUCACUCUGGGGGCUCCAGCAGCAAACCGAGGGCCCCACCUCAGACGGCUCGUAGUGCUUCUCUGGAUGAAGGAAGUAGCGGAGCAUCGGUGCUUAGCGGACAGCCGUCUUCCUCCUGCUCCUUUGAUGGCAGCCUGAAGACAGAUCAGUCAGAUUCAGAGCCAAACUGGCCCGAGGUCCCGCCUGUGCUGAACCAGAACGAAGACCGCAGGCGGAACAAGUACCUGAGAAAGGAUUAUCUGAAGUACAAGUGUCAGAGUGCUCGGAAAAACUCCAGUGGAAAUGACGACUGCGAGGAGGGCCUGCGCAGCGCUGACUUCAGCACCACUCUGACAGUGUUUGGACUAAAGCCAAGAUCAGCCUUCACCAGAGGAAGCCGACAGGAGUACACCUCCACAGACCCCAGUUUCACCAUGAGGAGGAAGAUGGAGCACUUGAGGGAGGAAAUGGAGCAGAUAGGACUCCUGCGGCAGAACAUAGAGUCCAGACUGAAGGUGCUGCUCCCAGACGACGUCGGCGCUGCUCUGAUGGACGGGGUGGUCCUCUGCCAUCUAGCCAAUCACAUCUGUCCCCGGUCUGUCGCCAGCAUCCAUGUCCCAUCUCCUGCAGUGCCGAAGCUCAGCAUGGCCAAAUGCCGUCGGAAUGUGGAGAACUUCUUGGAUGCCUGUAAGAAGAUGGGUGUCACACAGGACAAGCUGUGUUUGCCCCACCACAUCCUGGAAGAGCGCGGCCUGGUGAAGGUGGGCGUGACCGUCCAGGCUCUGCUGGAUCUGCCUCCAUCCAGGUCCACGCAGCUGUCAGCCGUUUGACAUGCGCCUGAAUGUUGCGUCCGACCUUCAACCUUCCAGCCAGCCCCUCUCCCCAGCCUAAAACCCCGUCGCCAGGGACCAGAGAGCCUCUAGGGGCGAGGACCCGGUGAGCGGGGGCUCUUUGGGAGUCUGCUUCUGCCUGACUGAAUCGGGAGACAGGAGGGGGAAACACCUCUGUCUCUUCAUAUGAUGUCAGCAGCCACCCGCUUCCUGUCCAUCACAUUCUCACUCGUAUCCUGUUCCUAGUUACUGGGGUCAUCUUGUAUGUGUGUGGACUAUAGCAACAUGACCGUGUGUUUCCUGUGUGAGCUGCGCAGUUUGGAGUUUCCAAGAAAGAGACAGACGGGACAAUGAGGUCGAUAGGAUGACCUUUUACCCUCUCUACACGCUCAGUGAUUAUUGAGCCUGCAAGUGCUGCAGUACUGAUGACAUUUCCUCGCUGGUGUCGGAGACACCGGCGGCGAGGAGAUGACAGACAUGUAACUCAUUCUUUCACUAAAGAGACCGACCCUGCACGCUGGCCUCGCAGCCACGAACCACUGACAGACCUCGAGAUGUUCUUACACUCUUGAGUUUCUCUUUCCUUUUUGUGGAAUUUAUUUUUUACCAUGAAAAUUCAUUUUGGGGAAUUUAUUGUACAGUGUUGUUGUUGUUGUUUUUUUUUUUUUUUAAUUUACAUGGUUUGCAUCAGGUUCCCUGCUGUUUCCUGUAUGUAUCCUUUUCAGCAGCCAAGCCUGACUUUAAAAAGUAGCCUCGAGUUAAUUUUGCAAAAGCAUUGCAUUUGAACAAUCACAUCUCCCCUUGCUCUUCCAGGUAGAACACGAGGCUGACUUCUGAGAAGCGCGACAAGUAGAGGUCGCGCUUGACGACAUUCAGCCUUCUGUUUUCUCUCGUACUCGGGUUUGGUUCUGACAUGUUUGAAUUACUGUACAAAGUGUUAGCAACUCUAUACCGAAGGUCUUUCUCUAUACAAGCCCGCAUGCACCAGGGAAUGUGACACUUGACCACUGUGAGAACAUGCGCUCGGCUGCAGCCAAGAGCGCUUCGGUCGCUGUUUUGUAGCAUAUUUUCACUGUACGUGCAAGGGUUCUGUUUUUGGAAAAAAAUAUUCUGUAUUCUAACUUUUCUAAAGCUUUUUAUACUUUCUUCCCAGUCAUUGCCAAUUAUCACUUGCCAUCUCCGUGGCGUUCAGAACAUGGGCUGUGCCAUGUUAGGUAGGAGUUUAUCGCUUUGCAUAACCUCAGAUGAAACAUGUUUAUACGUGUAUGUGUUUGUGAGUGGACGGUUCUGAGUGAAUGGCCUCCGGAUCACGAAGGGGGUUCAGUGCUGCUUGGCAAACCUUCCGCGCGUGGCACGGCCGUGUCUUACUGCCAGGCCACCCUGCUGUAUGUGGAUUCUGAUACAAUUCAUUAUUUCAGGGAAAUGAAAUUAUUUAUGUAUUUAUUCAUUUGUUUGAUAUUUAUGUGUUGUUGCUUUGUGCGUCUCAGCCCUGACAGUUGCGGUGCAGCUGGAAUAUGUUUAAUUUUUCCCUCAUGUUUUCUGUAUGCUCCCUGGAUAACCUACAGGAAACGUCUACACAAACGCUGCAAAUUCAGUCAUUAUCUACUCACCCUCACGCCAACGGGAAGUCGCGUCAAGUUUCAUAGUCCGCAAAACAAUUCUGGAGCUUUGCGGCAAAACAGAGUUUCAGAAUUCUAAUAAUCAAGUGAAAUAGAUGGGGACUUGUUUUAAUAUGUAAAGAAAUAAAUGGAAAGCCAAAACACCAUAAACUUCAUACAGCUUGUCGGCUGCCAUGCAAGUCUCUGGAAGCCCUGUGAUCCCAAAUUAAACAGAAAGAAAAGGUCAUUUUCAUCCGUUUUAAAGUUGGAAUUUUCACUGUAGCUGCUCAGCUAAAAGCGUUAUCAAGUAACAAGUAACCACUCUGACAGUGGGUGCCUGAGCUUGACUGUGAGUCGAAGAUGUAAAAAUGUCUUUACUCAUCAGCUUGGGACGUCAGGGCUGCCAGAGACUCUGAUAACACUUGACAAACUGUAUGGAGUCCCUUAUUUAUUUAUAUAUUUUUUUUGUAUUUUUCCCUGAUCUACUUUUGUUCAGUGAAACCCCACAACUCUAUUUUGCCAUGAAGCUCAGUAAAUGUGAAGCUUUGAAACUUCACCUGGCCUUCUGUCGCCAUGGGUGCGAGCGGAUCAUAACUGAAUUUUCAUUCUUUGGGGAACUUAUCCUUUGAUGACUGAAAGCGGCAAGAAGUGUCAUUAACGAUGCAUUAGUGUUCCAGCUGUCAAGCCUUUUGAAUUAGGAUCGGAAUAUGGGUGUGACACAGUCUAAUUUGAGAACCACAUAGUGUGGAAGUUAAAAAGAAAUAUAUUUGCACCAUUCAUUAGGAAUGAAAGCAAUGUUGACAGCAUAAAGACUCCAUAAGACCUCCAUAAUACAGAGUUGUAGUGGAAAACAUGACCCAAGAGUUUAGCGUGCUCAAAGGCCUGCUUAAGAGCUGUUUUCAGUUGAAAAGUCAAGUCUCACCCUGUAUUACUCUGUGUUAUGGGCCGCUUAUUUAUGGAUUAUUUCUGAAGAGCAAUAUCAGUCUUGUCUUGUCAAGUGGUUGGAAUGUUAGUCUCCUUUGGAUAGGUGAGAAUUCCCUCAGGCAUCCAUGUGUUGCACCAAUCAUUUUUAAAUUAAGUCUCCAACAUGUAAACAAAAUUGAAAUGACAGUGGAAAUCAAAGUAGUGCACAUUAUACGUUAAUUAUAGAUGUCAAAAGUUAAAAUACAGACCAUCAUUUUUGCUCGGAGAAAAGAAAAAAAAUCAUUCCUUCAUUGAUUUGUGGGCAAGUGCAGUACACUGUGGGGAUGUGCACCAUCGUCUGUACCUUCACAGCUAACUCUUACUCAUCUGGAUCCGUAUCCAUACUUGCACUGCUCACAAGAUGAAACUAUUUACAGAACAAGUUUUUUCAUAUUACACUCAAGUGAGUGAACUUCAGUCAGGGACCCAACAAGGCUUCUCCUUCAUCAUGAGAUACUGACAUGUUUCUGUAAAGACUACUGUACUGGAUACUGGUUUCAGAUGAGAACUCGCUCCACUCGAGUGCACCUUUGAAGAGAGGCUGUGUUGACGUCUUUCAGUGACGGGCUGACACGGCAUCAGUUAAUUGAGCUCCUGCUGGGUCUUUCUAAGUUUUAUAUAUGGUGAGAACACAUCAAAUCAAAACAGCUGUCGGCCGACUUGAUGCCAUUCCAACACCUUUAAAGUCCACAAAUAUCAUCAUGUUAAAGAGAAUUGUAACAUCUAAAAACGUGACAUAUUGUGCCUUAAUGGGUGGAUAUACUUUGUUUUUGUUUUUUUUCUGCUGCCUCAUAUAAUUACACUAUUAUGUUUGUGAAAUGCAUCUGUGAUGGGUUUUUUUUUAUAGUAUUAUAUUUAUUGUUUAUCAGUUCACCGGGGUAUGCUGUAGACUUGAUGUGACAUAAGCAGCUUCUCCACUGAUGAGCGUCGCCUCUUGAUUGGAUGCCAUUCUGGAGGAUAAUGAAGUUAGAGAUCUAAUGGUUGACAGUUCAAAAUCUCGAGGCUUUAGUUCACUGACUCAGACACGACUAGCAUAAAUCAGCUUCUGUCACUGUGUAAACGUGUUCGGAUGUCCUGUUUUGAUUACUGUUCCUGAGAAGCUCUGCUUCCUCUGAAUAGGCUGUAUUGACGUAGUUUCUGCCAAGAAUUGAUUCCACAGUGAUACAAAAUAAUACACAUCUUCCAGUUUAUCAGGCCCAGGAAGUAAAAUAUGUCUCAUGUUACUACUUUAUGCAGAAAAUUCACCUGAAUUUCUAUGAAUGCCAUUACGACUCCUGACUUCCUGCUGAUAUCAUGACACACAGUCUGUCCCUGGCAGCACCCUUAUUCACUACACAUCCUUGUGCUGCUGCUUAUAGGUCAUCUUCUGUGCUUUUGUGUAAUGUAAUGUUCCAACAAGCAGCUUUUAACACAGGAUAGACACAUGCAGAAGAAAAUAAUACCUCAAAGUGUGUGACAGUGUGCUGCAUCCUAGAACUGCAUCUGCUGAGUGUGUUGGCUGCAUUCAUCACCGUGUUAAUGCGUGCAUUUGUUGUGAAAUGGUGAAACACAAGGCGACGUGAAACCUGAAAAAUCAACUGAAAACUUGUAGCACGCAGCGCAAUGUUAGCAUUACAGGAGCUGGACGGCUGUACCUGAGCGACAAGAGUCGCACGGCGAAAGCACUGGGACUGAAGGUAGCUUCCUACGACCUUUGUUACGGGUUUAGAGACAGUGAAGACAUCGAAGCGAUGCAUGACCUACCUCAGGAUGGCUGUGUCUUGUAUUAGGGGGUUUAGAUUCACAUACAGGGCUCCAGAGUGCGACUAUUUUAGUCGCGAACGCACCCAAAAAUCUGUCAGGUGCAAGUAAACAUUUUCAUUUUGUUUUGUUUUGUUUUUUUUUGCUUUUUCUGAACAAUUGAUGUUAUUCCUAUUCACAAUCAUUUAAAUUUGAACUGAAAUGUAUUAUUGAUUGCACCUUAAUGAAAAAGUUAGGGGUUCCAGUGCAACCAGUAUAAGACAGUGAGUCUGGAGCCUGUGGAGACUGUGCCGAUCAAUAGUUCAGAAUGUUUCUGGGUGACUAAAAUUGAUGUUUUAUGACUUUAGCUAACAAUGAUGAUAACUUACUGUAUGUAUGCAAUGAUGUCUCAUAUGUUGCCAUGUUGCCACUUUAUGUUUUAUGUUUUGGGCGAAAUGGUCGGAAGACAUUUUGGGGCCGAUCGCACUGACACUAGACUGUGUUGCAAAAAAAGGACAGGAAGUUAGAACGCAAAAGGGAUUAUUAUGUGGUUGAAUCACCGUGAGUGGUUACUGCUGCGGAUUUAUAAUUGGCACUUUUUUUUUCCGGACAAAUGCGAAUUUUACGACAGGGAGGAAUAAUCGCACGCAGCUUGACAUUUUCUCGCCCGAGGACGAAAGUCAAACCAUCUCUAACAAGGAUUACCAUCUGCUGUGAGCUUCUCCGGAGCUGGUAUUAUCAUGAUAAAACUUAAAUAUAGGGUAGUUUCAAAAAGCACCUUUUCCGUGAGAUGUGGCACUCAACCGUGAAAACUACUAUUUCCUCGUGAAACUGCCAGUUAACAGUCUGUCCAAUUGCUGGUGGAUAUGCUAGACAUGACUCACCCCUUAUGUAAUUUCUUAGUUGUUUAUAUUUUAUUUGUUUUCUUGUUAACAUGCACUGCUUGCCAGGACAUGUAAUGUCACCCAGCGUGUUUGAAUAUCAUGCAGCCUUUUUGUUUUGCUUUUGAUCCUGCAUUUAUUGUUUGUAAGUGUUUAAUCAAUUCACCACCCUGCUGGUACAUGCUGGAGGUGACGCACACACCUUCAUAUAACUCCUGGUCAGAGCAGUUAAACUAUGGGGCUUCCUGUCCUUCCUCUGAUGUCUUUGCAAGCCAGCAGGUUACCAGAACAGCUGUGUGUGGCUUCCUCCAGCUCUUUGUCAGCUAACACCCUGUGAAACACGUACCUGUAAGCCGAGCUGGAACUGUUAACGAGAGCAGCGGCUUUGAUUUGCUGCGUGUUUUUCUGUGCCAAAACGCAAAUCAUUGCUUUCAUCGCAGCCAAUGUCAACAUCGUAGACAGGAUUUCUACACUGGUUGCACGCAGGUGAUCAGUUCCUAUAGAGAGCGUCAGGGUUAGGGUACCAUUGGCCUAAAUGCAACCGUUGGAACCGAUGAGUUGAUGAGUUGUUUGAUGAUAAUUCAGCCUCUUCGGGCAACCUGUUUCUGGACUUGCAGUAAACACGGAUAUCCAGGCCAGGACUUCCUUUUCCGUGAGAAUGUCAUUGUCUGAUUUGAGAUUUGAGAUGCAAAAAUAGAUCAGAGAAUACAUUUGGGGUAAUAUAUCGAUAAUACGGGUGUCAGGAUUUAUCGAUAUUGAAGAUAAUAAGUAACAUUGUGAAAAUGAUAAUCUUAAAUCAUUUUAAUUUGAAAGUUAAUAUGAAGGCCAAAGCGUUCUGAGAAUGGAUUUUGGGCCAAUGCAUUGAGCCUCUAUUUGCUCUCCACAGGUGCGACUGUUGCCCGUUGCGCUAAAGCCCACCGGAAAAAGUGACUGGUCAACACCUCUCAGUCUACAAACACUUCCCCACUCCAAAAUCUUGUCCCUUGCCUAAAGAAUCUGCAUUUAUAAGCAGCUAUCUUUUUAUAAAGACUAUCUCAUAGGUAACAUGAGGAUUCGGCAGUCCGAGCCAUACUAUCCAAUCGGGUGUCUUUUUUUUUUUAGAUUUGCGUCAUUUUGUUAAGUUUAAGCGUGAAACUUCCUCAUCUUGUUUCCUGUAAUAGCGUUUCUCUGUUAAACUCUGGCAGAGGAAUGGUGACGCAAAGAGGGAAUCUGUUAAUAAAAAGACCGCCAUUGGAAGAGGACCGUUUUAUUUUUGACCAAGCUCAGCCUGCUGAAGCCUCAUCGUCUACUCAGAAUGAGGAAUCUGGAUUUUGUCCCCCAUCAAAAAGAGAUUUCAGCGAAAUGAUUUUAGCGACUGAUAACUAUCAUACAGGCAAGUGAGUAAGACAGACUUGGAAAAAAAAAAUGUGCGUGACCUUUAGUACAGUAUGCAAACCCUCUAAUGAUCAAAAGUAAAGGCUGAUUGUCAUGCUUAGAUUUGAUUGUGUGUGUGUGUGUGUGUGUGUGUUUUAUCAUCUGAGAAUGUGUUUUACCUCAAGAACAUUUCCAUCUGGUUCUUCAUAAUAUGGUUCUCCUGUUGCACAGAUCCAACUAUAAAUAGGUUUUGUGGAAGACAUUUAAUGAGGCCUGGCAGCAAGUUUGUGUGUUGCUUUUAAUUUACGCUCCCUUUAACACCUGCAGCAGAACAUAAUGAGCGUCUGCAUCGAGCAAACUUAGGAGGUGCUGACCUACAUGUCAUGAUGUGCGAGUGCAACAGGCUUCUGCAUUGUUGGACUAAUUACAUCGGUGCCUGUAAUUGGUUCACGUGUCGCAACAGCUAUCAGAGUUUUGCCUGUUGCGACUGAACGCACGUCAUCUCAUCCAAAGAAAACAGUGAAACAGUGAGUCGUGUCUAAAUACUACACUGCCAAGAACAUUCAAACUGAUGUACAUAAGCUUUUUGUAUUUUAAAACGAGACAAAUGCAUGCAAGAAUACCGAGUGGAAGCCGAACCUCUGUACAUAUCAUCUGUAUAAAUUCCAGGGAUUUCUUAAACAAACCAACAAGUGUGGUCAGUAUCAAAUAAAGUCAAACUCUUUGCA